UUGUAUUUUGAGCUGCUUGUAAAAACCGGCGUCUUCUUCCAACCAACCAGAACUUCUUCAUCUUACCUUCCUUCUUUCUGCUGCUCUGGUUUAAAGGACUGUGAUAUUCUGAGUUCGAAACCACUCAGCGAGUUCACUCAGAGAGUUCGUCUCUCUCUGAUACGCCAAAAACCCAUCGAAACCCAGUAUUUUGAUUCCGAUAUCUCUCAACCAAUUUGGAGUUUUAUGCAGGCUUCUAUCCAAAACGCAGAAAAAACCCUUCUAAUCCCAUGCCAAAAUGCUCAACCUACUACUCGAAGCUCCUCGGCUGCUCAAUCCCACAUGGCGUUCAGAAGCCGAGUCUCUAUCCAAUACCGCCAUGUGAGUUGUUAACUUCUUCACUUCUCUCUCACUUUUCAGUUCUUGCAAUUCCAUCGAACCAAGCCCUCGAAGCUGAACCUAUAAAUAAUGAUGAAGCCCAGCCCCCAAUUUCUGAUGAAAUGUUCAGGAAAGGUGCCAAAUUGGGUUCUUACAGAUCGGGUGAUUCCACAUUCUAUUCACUCAUUGAGAAUUACGCGAAUUCGGGCGAUUUUAGGUCCCUGGAGCAGGUUUUGGAUCGAAUGAAGCGCGAAAGGCGGGUUUUUAUUGAGAAGAGUUUUAUUCUGAUGUUUAGAGCUUAUGGAAAAGCGCAUUUACCCAAUAAAGCUGUAGAAUUGUUUUAUAGAAUGGUGGAUGAAUUUCAGUGUAGACGAACUGUUAAGUCAUUUAAUUCGGUUCUUAAUGUUAUUAUACAGGAGGGUCAUUAUUCUCAUGCUUUAGAAUUUUAUUCCCGUGUUGUUGGUACCACAAACAUAAACAUUUCGCCCAAUGUACUGAGUUAUAAUUUGAUCAUCAAGGCCAUGUGUAAGUUUGGAUUGGUUGAUAAAGCGGUCGAAAUGUUUAGAGAAAUGCCGAGUAGGAAUUGCACUCCUGAUGUGUUCACGUAUUGUACAUUGAUGGAUGGGUUAUGCAAGGAGAAUAGGAUUGACGAGGCGGUCUUUUUGUUGGAUGAGAUGCAAAUUGAGGGGUGCUUGCCAAGUCCUAUGACGUUUAAUGUGUUAAUUAACGCAUUGUGCAAGAAGGGUGACUUGGCCCGUGCUGCGAAACUUGUUGAUAAUAUGUUUCUCAAAGGCAGUAUUCCAAAUGAAGUCACUUAUAACACCCUUAUUCAUGGUUUAUGUCUCAAGGGUAAGUUAGACAAAGCAGUUAGUCUUUUGGAUCGAAUGAUUUCAAAUAAAUGUGUGCCUAAUGAUGUGACGUAUGGAACACUCAUCAAUGGACUUGUUAAGCAAGGACGAGCAGUUGAUGGGGCUCGAGUGUUGAUCUCUAUGGAGGAAAGAGGGCGUCAUGCAAAUGAGUAUAUAUAUUCAGUCCGUAGUGGACUGUUCAAGGAGGGAAAAUUUGAUGAUGCGAUGGCAUUGUGGAAGGAGAUGAUGGAGAAGGGAUGUAAACCCAACACCGUUGUCUAUAGUGCUCUCAUAGAUGGCCUUUGUCGAGAAGGAAAACCAGAUGAAGCCAAGGAAGUAUUCUGUGAGAUGAUGAGUAAUGGUUGCUUGCCCAAUUCCUUCACUUAUAGCUCCUUAAUGAGGGGGUUCUUUCAGACGGGUCAGAGUAAAAAAGCCAUUCUUUUAUGGAAUGAAAUGGAAAACAAGAAUUUUAUGCGUAAUGAGGUCUGUUACAGUGUCCUAAUUCAUGGGUUAUGCAAGGAUGGGCAACUCAAAGAGGCCCUGAUGGCGUGGCAGAAGAUGUUGGGAAGUGGGCAUAAACCUGAUGUUGUGGCUUAUAGUUCGAUGAUUCAUGGCCUUUGCAAUGAUGGUUUGGUUGAGCAGGGUUUGAAACUUUUCAAUGAAAUGCUUUCUCAGGAGCCUGAAUGUCAACCAGAUGUUAUCACUUAUAACAUACUUUUCGAUGCCAUCUGCAAGCAGAGUAAUAUCUCCCUUGCCAUUGAUAUUUUAAAUAGAAUGAUGGAUAGGGGUUGUGAUCCCGAUUUGGUUACGUGUGACAUCUUCCUGAGAACUUUGAGAGAAAAACUCAACCCGCCUCAAGAUGGAAGGGAGUUCCUAAAUGAGCUUGUGGUCCGGCUGUUAAAGCAGCAGAGGAUAGUAGGUGCUUCCCAGAUUGUAGAAGUAAUGCUGAAAAAAUAUUUGCCACCCAAAGCCUCUGUUUGGACAAAAGUUGUGCAAGAACUUUGCAAACCUAAGAAGGCUAGAGCAGCCAUUGACAAAUGUUGGAACAACCUAUAUUGCUAGUCUUAAAAUUGCUUGAUGGUCUCUUACAGUCGGCAACCUUGCAAAUAGUGAUGUUUGGACAUCUGUUUUAUGAAAUGUGCAAAACAGGCUGCCUCAUUUUUAUUCCCCUAAGCAGCAUAUGUUAAAUCUGCAGAUGAGCAAAGGUUGGUGCAGGUCCUGGGGCAAUAAGCUUGUUGGAGAAUAUUGAAAUGUCUGUUGGUAAAAGGGUGAAUUUGUAGUCAGGGAUUCCGCAUGUCUUGCUUAUGGGCCGUAUCAUAAUUUGCAUGCAGACCAAAGAAGACGUAGUAAAUAAGCAUGAUUACAGUGCAGAUUCCAAAUCUUUCAAAAGCUUUAGGAUCCAAAGAUCCCAUAAGAAAGA